AUGGACGAUGAUGUAGAAACAUGCUAUGAAGGUGCAGGAACUUGCAUAGAAGAUCGUUUAUGUCAUAGCAUGCUUACGCUCGCUGUUUUCAAAGACGAAUGCAAAAAUGGGAAAACUUGCUGUUUGACACACUGUGGAAAAUUUGGGCAAUGUAGAUCUGAAGCCCACUGCCCUUUUCCUGUCGUAGGAGAUGAAGAUUGCAAUGGUAGAGGAAAAUGUUGUAGGGGGCCUUUAUAUUGA